AUGGGACCCUUUCCCCCAUCAUUUUCUUAUGAAUACAUCUUAGUGGCAGUGGAUUAUGUUUCCAAAUGGGUGGAAGCCAUUCCCACAAGAUCAAAUGAUGCUAAGGUAGUGAUAUCCUUUAUAAGAAAGGACAUUUUUGCAAGGUUUGGAGUACCUAGAUUUCUGAUAAGUGAUGGAGAUGCUCAUUUUUGCAACAAAUAUCUUGAAGCAGUAUUAAUAAAGUAUGGUGUGAAGCACAAGGUUGCUACUCCAUACCAUCCACAAACAAGUAGACAAGUAGAAGUGUCAAACAGAGAAAUCAAGCAGAUUUUAGAGAAAGUAGUGAGUAGUUUAAGAAAAGACUGGUCAAAAAAGCAAGAUGACUCUCUAUGGGCAUAUAGAACUGCCUUUAAAACCCCAAUUGGGAAACUUAGAUCAAGAUGGUUUGGGCCUUCUCUCAUAAAAGAAAUAUCUCCCUUUGGAGCAAUUUUGAUUGAGGAUCAAAAGACAGGGAGACAAUUAAGGUCAAUGGCCAAAGAUUAA